GGCAGGGCGUACAGCUCUGAUGUUGCUGAUAACCGCGUUGUGAGUUUGACUCUAUUUUUAACGCCGGAAUGGUGACAACGAGUAGUAAAAAGAUAGUGUGAGCUGAUCUGUCCUGCGCUCCACGAUGGCGUCUGAGUCGGUGAAGGUGGUGGUUCGAUGCCGGCCUCUGAACAACCGAGAGAAGACACUCAACUGUAAGAUGGUUGUGUCUGUUGAUUGCAGCCGCUGCCAAUGUUUCAUCGAGAAGCCCGGAGCCGCCGAGGAGCCGCCCAAGCAGUUUACGUUUGACGGGACGUACUUCAUCGAUCAGACCACUGAGCAGAUGUACAACGAGAUUGCAUAUCCUCUGGUGGAGGGUGUCACUGAAGGAUACAACGGCACCAUUUUCGCUUACGGACAAACAGGAAGUGGAAAAUCCUUCACCAUGCAGGGUGUGUCAGACCCCCCAGCUCAGAGAGGGGUCAUACCAAGAGCUUUCGAGCACAUCUUUGAGACCAUCCAGUGUGCAGAAAACACAAAGUUCCUUGUGCGAGCCUCCUACCUUGAGAUCUACAAAGAGGAAAUCAGGGACCUUCUGGGAAAAGACACUAAACAGAAGCUGGAGCUGAAGGAGCAUCCAGAGCAAGGAGUAUAUGUGCGAGACCUCUCCAUGCACACGGUGCACAGUGUGGGGGAGUGUGAGCGGAUCAUGGACCUGGGCUGGAAAAAUCGCUCAGUGGGGUACACACUCAUGAACAAAGACUCUUCCCGCUCACAUUCCAUAUUCACCAUCCACCUGGAGAUCUGCAACACAGAUGCUGCUGGUGAAGACCACUUACGUGCUGGAAAGCUCAACUUGGUGGACCUGGCUGGCAGUGAACGCCAAUCCAAGACCGGUGCUACAGGAGACCGUCUUCAGGAAGCCACCAAGAUCAACCUGUCCCUGUCAGCACUGGGCAAUGUCAUCUCAGCACUGGUGGAUGGACGCUCCAAGCACAUUCCUUACCGUGACUCCAAGCUUACUCGCCUCCUUCAGGACUCGUUAGGUGGCAACACACGCACCCUUAUGGUAGCCUGCCUCAGCCCCGCUGACAACAACUAUGAAGAGAGCCUGAGCACACUGCGCUACGCCAACCGUGCCAAGAGCAUCCAGAACCGUCCACGCAUCAACGAGGACCCCAAGGAUGCACUACUGCGCCAGUACCAGGAGGAGAUCAAACAGCUGAAGGCGCUUGUCUCCGGUCAGCUCGGGACUGCAAACCUCAACUCUUUGCUAGCAGGUCAGAGGUCACAGGGGUGCGCAGGCAUCCAGUCCAGACCACAGAGCAGCGAGAAGGAGAAUAUAAAACAGGAUUAUGAGGAGAAGCUUGCCAGACUGCAGGCGGACUACAAUGCGGAACAGGAAUCCAAAGCUAAGCUCCAGGAGGACAUCGCAGCCUUGAGAAUGUCUUAUGAGACCAAGCUGUCUAACCUGGAGAGAGCAAAAGCUCCCCAAGCAUGUGACUCCACCACAGAGGUCAGUCCUGUCAACGGAGCCACCCCAGAGCCCUCAGAAACGUCCCAGGACAUGUUACCGGAGAGUGAACCAAACAAGGGAGGUAUUACGGCAGGUCCGGGGGGAGAGCCCGGAGUUCCAGACUCAGCAGUUGUUGCUACGCCAGGCCCACUGGAUCGGAAACAUGUUUUGGAAAGGCUUCAUCAGCUAGAGCAGGAGUUUGUCGGGGGCGAGCAGGCGAAAAACGAGGAGCUGAGGCAGAGGAGGAGGCAGAGGAAGAGUCUGGCUAACCAGAGGAAGAAGCAGCUGAUCGAGGCUCUGAGUCAGUACAGCGAGGACAGCGACAUCGUGCUGCUGAAUGUCUACGACUCCAUCCAGGAGGAGGUACACGCCAAGAACAGACUGCUGGAGAACACGCAGAGCAAGUUAAAAGCUGCCAAGUUGGAGAUCCGAGAUCUACAGGUGGAGUUUGCGGCUGAGCGUGAUGACUACCUGGCCUCCAUCAGACGUCUGGAACGUGAAACGCAGCUUCUGCAGGGCCUCCUGGAGCGCACGGUGACGCUGGUGCGCAGGGACUGCAACUACAGCAACCUGGAGCGCCUGAGGAAGGAGGCAGUGUGGGAUGAAGAGAGCGGCGUGUGGAGGCUGCCCGAGGUGCUGGUGCAGAAAACAGCGCUACCUGCAGCAGUGCCUUCAUCAGCAGCCAGCAGCUCUUCCAGACUCCCAGGACGCAGGAACUCGGCCUCGGACCCAGCAGCAGAGACUUUCCUGGAGGAGGAGGACCGUUAUAAGGAGAUGCUAAACCGCAGUGACAGUGAAAACAUCGCAAGUAACUACUUCAAGAUGAAGAGGGCCAAUCAGAUUUUAUCAGGAGAGUCCAUGAAGAACGUUGCCAGUCACUCUGCCGUUCCAGGAAACAGCCCGUCGCAUCUAAACUCCUGCGGAUCAAACUCCUCUGGAGAGGCCCUCCUUCCUCGCCCGUUUCGCCUGGAGUCUCUGGGUAUCGUGCCCACCAACAGCAAAGCCAAAAGGAAGAAGAGCAAGAUGUCUGUGUCCUGUGAUGGCACCUGA